CAGUACGUGGCGUAGCGUACGUAAUGGUGGCUGCUUGCGUAAAGCGAUCAUUGCUGACAACUUUUGACAAAAAUUUACGGAAAACUUGUAGAAACUAACAAGGGAACUGGAUAAAUGAUCAAGGAUGAGUGUGUCACGGGUGGCGAGCUGCUUCAUAUGCAGCACCAGCACAGGUGCCACGAAUACCAUCAGCCUCAUUCAAGAUACGAGUAAUUUACAAUCCGGCAAGAAACUGCUGGACAUAGUGAGUGAGAUAGCCGAGAAGCCGUUGAAAGAGGAGGACAUACAUUCUACUGUUAUAUGCAAGAAAUGCAGUCAGACGUGCAAGGAAUAUGACGACCUGCAAGUGCGGCUAAAAACAAUCAAGUCGGAGCUCCACGGUCAGAUAAACAAGAGCAGCGAGAGCCCCACUAAGCCGGAACUCAAGAAAGUGGUCCUGCCGGCGUCCAAGCUGCACCCGCUGCCGCCGGACUUCGUGCUCAAUGUUGGUCGCAUUGCUGGAGUGCAAAAGGCAAUAACCACUAUACCAUCAAAACUAAGCCUCAAAGUCACCGUAGGCUCAUCGGUCCUCACUCAAAGUAUAAAAACCACUCCAGCGCUUGCCAAAAACAUUGUCAUACAUAAACCGAAAAAUGUCCAAGCUCAAGAAACUGAAGACUUGGUGUUUGAUGAGAGCAGUUUGCCGAAGGAUUUUAUAUCGUCUGUGAUGCUGCAGAGGAUAGGAGAUGGGACCAAUGAUGACCAGGCUAUGGAAAUUGAUGAAGACUGUUCAUACGCCAUAGUAACUCAAGAAGAUGGCACAAGCGAAGUUACAGAAAAGAAAUCAGGCGAGCAGUCAUCAUACGUGUUACAAAAAUCUGGCGACCAAUCAAUGUUUGAUGUCAGCCUGUUAUCAUCAUUGGAAGACAGCGGAGGUGAAAAUGAGACCGAAGCCAGCACAAACCAGUACAUUGUUGGGAAACUGGAGAUACUGAGCGAAAGGGAAGACGAAGACGACGAGGAACGUAAGGAUCGUACUGUACUACAACAGUCGGGCGACCAAUCAAUGUUCGAUGUCAGUCUACUAUCAUCAUUGGAAGACAGCGGAGGUGAAAAUGAGACUGAAGCCAGCAUGAACCAGUACAUCGUUGGGAAACUGGAGAUACUAAGCGAGAGGGAAGAUGAAGACGACGAGGAACAAACAAUAGUGAUGUCCGACGAGAACUCCAUAUUCCGAGUGGUGUCGGGGCAGAAGCUUGUAUACAGCGAGUCCGGGCUCGAGCUGCUCAGCGAAGACGCGGACACGCAAGCCGACAGCCAAGAUGACGAAGAUUCACAAAUAGAGCUCCAAGUAUCUGGGGAUGAAGAGACGGCUAAUGCUAUUAUUGCUGCGGCUCGGGACCAAGGUGGUGCAUUUAUAAAAGUGGAGUCGGGAGAGAUGUAUCGCGUCAAGUCAGUGCAGAGCAAACCCAAAGAAGACAAGGCAACUGACUUCACUGAUCAUUUGCAGAUUGUCGUAAAAGAAGAUGGCGUAUUUAAGUGUGUGCUGUGCAAGAAGAAUAAAGCUAAAGGAUCCCGUAUCGGUCGCUGCGCAGGCGACGCGGACUUCAUAAUGCGACACAUGAGGACACAACACGACGCGCGCGUCUACAUCUGUCGCACGUGCGACAAGGUGCUGCGGCGCAGGGACCACUACAUCGCGCACGUCGCUCAACAUUCGAAAGAAAAUUCGAGUCAAGACAAAAGCAAAUUCCAUGAAUGCGACGUCUGUCAUAAGAAAUACAGUUCCAAAACUUUACUAGCGGAGCAUAUGAACUUACACAGCGGGCAGCGACCGUACACAUGCCGUGUAUGCCACAAGAGCUUCGCUUCCAAAUACACGCACCAGUCACAUCUCAAGACGCAUUUGGACCGUCCCCGACCGUUCAAAUGCGAGGCUUGCGGCAAAUGUUUCUUCACACUGCAGAACCUCAACCAGCAUCACAAGACGCACUCGGGGCUCAAAGAGUUCGAGUGUAACAUAUGCGGUAAAGCGUUCGGCACGCAGCACAACCUGGAGAUGCACGGCGUGGUGCACUCGGGCCGCAAGCCGUUCGUGUGCGGCGCGUGCGGGAAGGGCUUCGCGCGCCGCGCCGAGGUCAAGGACCACAUGCGCAUACAUACCGGUGAACGCCCAUUCGCGUGUGACGUAUGCGGCGCAACCUUCUCCCAGCGUUCAAAUCUACACUCACACAAGCGAGCCACACACUACGACGACAAGCGGUACAAGUGUGACCAGUGCCCUAAAAGGUUUAAGAGGCGCAGGUUAUUAGACUACCACAUCAAGGCGUCACACACGGGCGAGCGACCUCUGAAGUGCGAAAUAUGCAAAGCUACCUUCGUGUAUCCGGAGCACUACAAGAAACAUGCCAGAAUACACAGCGGGGAGAAACCCUACGUCUGCGAGGUUUGCGGCAAAUCUUUCAACUCCCGGGACAAUCGCAACACGCACCGCUUCGUACACAGCGACAAGAAACCGUACGAGUGUCUAGUUUGUGGAGCUGGUUACAUGAGGAAACGUCUGCUGUAUUCACAUAUGAACACACAGGGUCACCUGGCGGAGUCCAUAGUGGUCAACCAGCCGCGGGUCACCGUGCAGCGCGUCCAGGGCGCGCCGGGAGACAACGUUUACGAGUCGACUGAAGAGUUAGAAUUAGAAAGUGAAACUGCGGAAGCUAGUGGAAGCCAAAACGCGGUGUACAUAGGCGAUAAGAAAUACAAGUACGUUCUCCAGGAAGGGAAGACUUCGAUCAACCUAGUGCAAGAUACUGAAGACAUUCUUACUUAUCAUUUGGAGGGAGGUCUGAAGUCGGAAUCAAAUUUCCUGGAGGCCGUCACAGCCGAGCAGUUGGGAGACGAAUCGCUGGCGGAGGGCGGCGGCUGCGUGCGCGUCGUGCAGAUCACGCUGCCCGACGGCAACAACGGCUGGGUCGCCGUCAACCCCUGAGGGGUCGCCCGGCCACUACACGGACCACUCAACCCCUGAGGGGUCGCCCGGCCACUACACGGACCACUCAACCCCUGAGGGGUCGCCCGGCCACUACACGGACCACUCAACCCCUGAGGGGUCGCCCGGCCACUACACGGACCUCUCAACCCCUUAGGGGUCGCCCGGCCACUACACGGACCACUCAACCCCUGAGGGGUCGCCCGGCCACUACACGGACCACUCAACCCCUGAGGGGUCGCCCGGCCACUACACGGACCACUCAACCCCUGAGGGGUCGCCCGGCCACUACACGGACCACUCAACCCCUGAGGGGUCGCCCGGCCACUACACGGACCUCUCAACCCCUUAGGGGUCGCCCGGCCACUACACGGACCACUCAACCCCUGAGGGGUCGCCCGGCCACUACACGGACCUCUCAACCCCUUAGGGGUCGCCCGGCCACUACACGGACCACUCAACCCCUGAGGGGUCGCCCGGCCACUACACGGACCUCUCAACCCCUUAGGGGUCGCCCGGCCACUACACGGACCACUCAUCCCCUGAGGGGUCGCCCGGCCACUACACGGACCACUCAUCCCCUGAGGGCCGCCCGGCCACUACUCGGACCGCUCAACCCCUGAGGGGUCACCCGGCCACUGCACGGACCACGCGAGACAGUCGAGGUCACCGCACAUAAACGGUCCCGUACUAAGGUUGGCCAGAUUUGUAUGGACACUGGCCCAUGAACCAAUAACAAUAAGCGACAAGUUAAUAAGUUUUUUUUAUAUUAUACUCCAUUUUUAGGGUUCCGUACCCAAAGGGUAAUAACGGGACCCUAUUACUAAGUCUCCUCCGUCCGUCUGUCACCAGGCUACAUCUCGUGAACCAUGAUUGUUGAAAUUUUCACAGAUGAUGUAUUUCUGUUGCCGCUAUAACAACAAGUACGGAACCCUCGGUGGGCGAGUCCGACUCGCAGUCCGGUUUUUUUUUGCGUUCUAAAUUUGUCCAAGAGAUGUAGUUUAAGAUUUUCUGAAGAAAAAAACUGGCGCUUUAUUUCGUGCAUAGUAUGAAAUAUUUAAUUUAAUCAGAAUUAAAUGAAAUAUUUCAUACUAAGAAUUCCCUAUUGAAUUUUUUUAGGGUUAAAUUUCGCGUUAAUUCAAAAUCAUUGUGAAAUAGUUAUUUGUGCAACAAGAGAGGAAAGUUGGUUUUUCUUGCGAGUGUUUAUUUUGAGUCCCGAGAAAGCGAAAGAUUCUAUAAUUGAAUCACGAGCGAAGCGAGUGAUUUUAAGGUAGAAUCUUGAGCGUAGCGAGGGACUCAAAAACACGAGAUGUAAAAUAACUUUGCUCUCGUGUUGCACACAUAAUUUUUCACCUCAGUAGUGAGAACAUAUUAAAGUUUAAAAUGUAUUUCGAAUUACACAGAAUAAACAGAAAAAAAAGUAUUAUAAUAUGACCGGACCGGACCGGACCGGACCGGACCGGACCGGACCGUACCGUACCGUACCGUACCGUACCGUAAUAAAAGUAUGAAGUUCAUGGCCUUCACUAAAUUAAAAAGAUACAUUGUUUCACUUCCUGGAGUGAGGAAAGUAGGCUUGUUCGAGCUGCUGAGGUGAAAAAUAUAUUUCCUCUGCCUUAUUACGCACACAUUUAUUACGCACACAUGCCCAAUCAUUCAUUACAUACAUGUCAAUCAAAACCAUGUUAAUGUGUUAAUCAAAACCAUUUUAUCGAAUCCAAUUGUAAGUUUAAAUUGUACAUU